AAGAUUCUCUUAGUCUGGUUCAAUGCAGUAUGUGACUUUUUAAAAAAUACCACCUUAUAUAUUAAUUUUGGUCUGAGAAGUACCCAUUAAUUCUGGACAUUCUUUUAUAUAUUUCAAUACAGAUAUAGAUCUUAUGCAUCUUAUAUAACUGUCAAUUUAUAUACAAAUUAUUCUAAGUUUACUCACUUUUCCCACAAUAUAUUUCCUUUUUGCCUUGUAAUAGGACAAAAAAAGGAACAUGGGCUUUUCAAGUCCAGUAUGUGUCCUUUUCUUCUUUCUUGGAGUCAAAGUAUAUUGCCAGUAUGAAAGUUAUCAAUGGGAUGAAGAUUAUGACCAAGAACCAGAUGAUGUCUACCAACCAGAAUUCCAAUUUCAUCAAAAUGAAGAUUAUGGAGUUCCAUUUCAUCAGCAUACUUUAGGUUGUGCCAGUGAAUGCUUCUGUCCACCUAACUUUCCAUCAUCAAUGUACUGUGAUAAUCGUAAACUCAAGACUAUCCCAAAUAUUCCAGCAUACAUUCAGCAAGUUUAUCUUCAGUUUAACGAAAUUGAGGUUGUGACUACAGAUUCAUUCAUCAAUGCCACUCAUCUUAAAGAAAUCAACCUCAGCCACAACAAAAUUAAAUCUCAAAAGAUUGAUCAUGGUGUGUUUGCUAAAUUGUCAAAUCUACUACAACUUCAUCUACAGCAUAACAAUUUAGAAGACUUUCCAUUUCCUCUUCCUAAGUCUUUGGAAAGGAUUCUUCUUGGUUACAAUCAGAUCUCCAGACUGCAGACAAAUGCUGUGAAUGGGCUAGUAAACUUGACCAUGCUUGAUCUUUGUUAUAAUCAAAUUGAUGAUUCUACAUUACAAGAAAAAAUCCUUGCGAAAAUGGAAAAACUAAUGCAGCUUAACCUAUGUAAUAACAGAUUAGAAUCAAUGCCUCCUGGUUUGCCUUCUUCACUUAUGUACCUGUCUUUAGAAAAUAAUUCAAUAUCUGCUAUACCAGAAAAUUACUUCAAUGAACUCCCAAAACUUCAUGCUCUGAGAAUGUCACACAAUAAACUACAAGACAUCCCAUAUUAUAUUUUUAAUCUUUCCAACCUUAUAGAGCUCAAUGUUGGACACAACAAACUGAAGCAAGCAUUCUAUAUUCCAAGAAAUUUAGAACACCUAUAUCUAGAAAAUAAUGAAAUUGAAAAUAUCAAUGUCACACUGAUGUGUCCAUCUGUUGACCCACUACAUUACCAUCAUUUAACAUACAUUCGUGUAGAUCAAAAUAAGCUAAAAGAGCCAAUAAGCUCAUACAUUUUCCUCUGCUUCCCUCAUAUACACACUAUUUACUAUGGUGAACAAAGAAGCACUAAUGGUCAAACAAUACAACUGAAGACCCAAGUUUUCAGGAGAUUUCAAGAUGAUGUUGACAGUGAAGAUCACGAUGAUCACCAUGAAGCCCCAGAAGAAGAAGGAACAGAAGAAAACGUUGACCCUCACUAUUAUGGAAGUCAAGAAUGGCAAGAAACUAUAUAGGUAUACAUUUAUAACUUCACAAAAUCUUAUUAUUCCGUAUAAAUUUAACUAAAUAUGCAUAGCUCGUAGUAAUAUACCUGGAAUUGUGUACUAGUAUGAGAUCAGAUUGAAUUUAGGUUGUUGACAACAUGUGCAGCAUUACACAGGAUUAGAACUUACUCAAAAUGAUACAAAUCUUUAGAAAUGUAAAUUAGAAUGAUAAGUAGGAAUCAAAAACUACACUUUGAAUAUUAAAUUAUCAUCAUGUUGAGAAAAAAAGCAAGUAUGACCACUUCUAUUAACAGUAAUUUUUCUAAUAAUGAUGAAAGAAGUAGUGUUAGAAGCUAAGAACUGUAAGCCAUGUGCUUUAAAUCACUAUGAGCAUAGUGUUUAAAUGCCAGAAGGUUAUAUUAAUGUAACAGCAGCUACUCAUUUAAGGAAUAGACUAUUUUUUUGACCUAAUGUCCAGAAAAGCUUUCACACUUGUAUUUGAAUAUCAUCACCAUGACAGCCACCCCCCUGGGCCUACCACUUAGAGCACAGAAUGAUAUUCUUGAUUUUCAAGAGGCUAUCGUACUAAGGAUCCAAGGCACACAGACUUAUGAAAUCAACUAGUCUUGUUUUUCUCUCAGAGCACGAAAGCAACAAAUAUUUAAACCCUGUAUUUGGAUACCUAAAAAACACCAAAUCAUCUUAUCACAAUUCGUAUUUUAGCAAAUUUCAGCAAUUGUACAAAACAAUCUUGACUGCGUUCCAGUGUUUCUAUAGUAAAUUCACUAGAGAAAGGUUUUAGUUACAUAAAGAUUUGCUAAUAAAUAACUGCUCUGUUCACAAGGUUAAGUUAAUGUUAGCACAAGAAAGUAUAUCAACAUAAUUAAACACUUCUAUUUUCCUAGUACAAUAUAUUAGAAACAUAUGUAUAUCAGCCAAUGUUUAUUUACACAGUGUUAAAGUUGAAUAGAGUUCCUUUGAAAUUUGAAUGACAGGCUUUGAUAUCUUCUUUAAAUCCUUAAAAAUCAUUUUGAAGCAUUUUAAGUAUGCCUUAAAUGAAGUAUAACUUCUAUGAUGAACUUUCUUGAUUUACCAGGCUAAUAUUUCACAGAAUUCCUCAGAUAAGAAAUAAACACAAAUCUGGAACUGCCUACACAGGAGACCCUUCAAACAAACAGUAACAAUUUAAAUAGUAUGCAAAAAUACAAAUUAAAACUAUAUUUUAAAAGCAGUUUUCUAGGGGUGAGUCUAUUUUUCUGGAGAUGACAGUUUAAAAUGAAGCUUCUAAUGCUCUUUAUAUCUUUGAGUAGGUUAUUAGCAUGUAGCAGAAACAGAACACCCACACGUGCCCAGGGACAAGCUCAACAAUCCAGAAUGAACAUGAACAACACUUCAUUCAUUCAUUCAUUUAAUUAACAUUCAGCAAGUCAUUUGGUAUGCAGGGCUUAGUAAUGAGAGGUCAAACAGAAUACAUAUGUGCACCUGUGACGCUAUGAGACACAGGUGUGAAGGUAAAGGUACGAGCAAAAUGUUAGUGAUGUGGGUAAAGCACAUUUUCCAAAGAGGUAAAAAACUUUAAGGACCAUCUCCCCCUUUAUUGAAAUUUUUUUAAAUAGGGUUAUAAAUUUAAACAUUUAUUAUGAGCUAAUACGUGGA